AUGGAGGGGGCUGCAGUGGAAAACCUCAUAGAUUUUGAUAUGCCUUCCAGUACAGAAGGGACAGCACCCUCUGCUGUUGGUCCUCCCAGCGGCACUGACUUUUUCUCAGGUGAGCCUCUUGUCCCAGAGCCAGCAAAUGCAGCCCGUAUAAAGCUCCCGGAGCCCAUUGCCCCUACACCAGCUGUACGUGAGUCAGCAGAGGGUGAUGACAGUGAUGCCACAGAGUCUGCAGACAGUGAAAAUGAGGCCAUAGACUCGCCCUCCCACCAUUCGCGAUCCCGCCGGUCAUCUUCCUCAUCCAGUCACAGUGCCGAGGACCCAGAUGUGACAGAACGACGAGAAUUCAUGAAAGCCUACGUAGAGAAGUUGUUUCAUGGAAGGGAGGACUUUGACCAGGAGGAGAAAGCACGCUUUGGCGAGUUGUGCAGCGGAGAGAAUGGCAAAGGCAGGGAGUGGUUCGCAAAAUACGUCAGUGUUCAGCGCUGCAACUCUAAAUGUGUGAGCGAACAGACGUUCUAUAGGCUGGUGCAGUCCUUUGCGGUCGUCCUUUUUGAAUGCUACCAGAUGGAUGACUAUAGCCCUGCCAAGCACUUAAUGACCAUGUGCUUCACUUACUACUACAUCGGGAAGUUACAGCUGUCACCCUCGGAGCUCCUGGAGAAGCCGAGUGCAGGUAUAGACUCGUACCUGCGCAGUGGGAAGGUCUGGCUCUCAGGCAAGAAGGACAUCGCUGAGAGAAUGCUGAAAAACACAACAGCUAAGACCGAUAUGAAGAGUUUCUUUGGAGGCCUAGAGAGCAAACUGAGGGGUCCCUCCACCCGCAAGAAUGAAGAGGCAGAGAGUCCAGCAGAAGGAAAACCAAAAACACCAGCAUCUCCACCUGCAUCACCAGAAAAGAAAGAAGGAGAGAAGAUUUACUUGUAUACGCACCUCAAGCAGCAGCCAAUUUGGCACACCUUGAGGUUUUGGAAUGCUGCAUUUUUUGAUGCGGUGCACUGUGAGAGGAACAAGAGGUCCCCUACCACAAGGACGGCUGAGGAGGAGAAAGACAAGAGGGAAAAGUGGUGUCACAUGACCCAGGAAGAGAAAGAUGACAGCUCUCGGAUUGAUGAAAACAUCACCUUUGGACAGCUGGGGACCUUCACCCAUAAUAUGCUGGCGUUUGGCUUGAGUAAGAAACUCUGCAAUGACUUCCUGAAGAAGCAAGCAGUUAUUGGAAAUUUGAAUGAAGAGCAAUACAAGUUGCUGAGUGACCAUAUUGAGCAGAUGGCUGUGGAGUGAGCAGCAGCUACAGAGCGCACCUGUUCCACAUUCAGUCCAGCCUCCCUCGUCAGCUCCAUAAUACACAAUACUGUUCGGCUUCAGCUGCGAGCUCCAUAUGAUAUCGUAUAGAGUUCUGCUGCAAACCUACUGUAUUUUCAUCCAGAAACCUACAACACAGAAAACAGUUCAACAGCUAUGGUUGAUAAAGAACCUAUAACGGCAGAAACGUUCCACUGUGUCGUUUUAUUCCAGUGAUGCGCAGGAUAGAUCAACAUGUGCCUACUCUGGUGCAGUGUCACAGCGAUUAUAUAAGUCAGAAUAUAUAUCAAUAUCUGAUGAAACAGCCGUAUUGUUGAUGUUUCUUUUAAACGCAAUAAAUGUACAGUAUAUACUAUACCCAAAAACUUACAUAUCACAGUUCAGAUAAUAUGCAGAAAGUGUCCUUUACAUAAGUGAAACGAAGCUGAAAAAAACCACAAACCCCAUCUCACCUAUGACGUUCGUCUUGUCAGAUGAACGCAGCUUAGCUGAUUUCUCCUUUUUUCCCCCAUUCCGCUGAUUUGUUGCAUGCACAUUUCGACAGAGCUGAAAUGUAAAAUUCUUUUCGGUCUUUUAGUCUUUUCAAUUUUUCCUGAGUAGCUUUCUUGAUGUUGCCACAGCAUAAAGAAUUCUGCUGUAUUGUGACAGACUGUCGAGUCCUUUUAAGCGUUUCUAAGCUCAUCAUAGUCUGUCACUUUAUGAAAUGUGACCCUAUAUCCUUCAAGUACGAAACAGUAUUAAUAUUUUAGUGUUAUACAUGUCUCCUACAUGUGGUGUGCGAGCCUCCAAGGAGAACGUUGUAACCCAAGUCUGUUCAAAGUGCCUUUGAUGAUUCCCCCCCCUUUCCUCGUGUAGUGUUGAAGAUGUAAGCCUUCACGUCCACGUGAUAUCCUCCCAUUUACUGUAUGGCUGUUUAGGAUUUCAGAGACAAGCAGUGGUGUAGUUAGAACUGCAUUUCUCUGUAUGCUGUAUGUGCACUCCAGCUGUUUGUGUUUGCGGUGUUUACAUAUUGUGAUUAUCGUUCAUUUGUGCUAGAUUAGGUCAGGGCAGGCUAUCGUAAUGUACGAUCAGCAUGACCUUCUACAACAGCUGUUUUUCGUGUUACGCUGUGGUGUUGUCUGGUCUUCAGCAUGCAUGUAUGUAAAUGGUGUCCUGUUAGCAUGGUGAAUAGAAGAACAUUGCAAAGUGUAGUGUAGUUACAUUUCGAGCCAACAGAGGGCAAUCAUGCUACUCCACUUAGACAGCUGAGCCAUGGAGGAGAUUGUUGACCACCAAGUGGGAUAUUCUGGAAGAUUUAUGGAAUUAUUGAAGUCUCCUCACGUGAGGACAGGGCAAAGUUAAUAUAUUCUGUUUGUAAAUACAGAGUUUAUAUCACUACUGUAAGGCAUUUGAUGCUGUUGUGCAACAUGAGUUGGUUCAAAGGGAUUAUGGGAUUGUUAACUGUUCAUUUAUACAGUGUUUGUGAUGUCACAUGGUGUGCAUGGUCAUAAGGAUGCGCUGCAUCCAUUUUACUGGUAAAAUAUGUGCUUUGCAAAUCAUGAAGUCAUUUUUAAUGUAGUGUAUUUAAAUGUGAAUCAGUUGGAUGUAGUGUCUGAGUUACAUUCCCCCAAAGUGCCCUCUGAUUCCCUACUGGGAUGUACCACUUAGAACAUGUUACCCAAUCCCAUUAUGUGUAUAUUGUUUUUGUAAUAAAAGAUACCUAAAAUCUGUGGUGAACCAUAA